AUGGGACCAUUGGAGGGAGCCAACAGCACCCUCACCGGGGAGAAGACAGCAUUAGACGAGAAGCUGCCGCAGGGCUGGCAUGCCAAGGACUUUGUCACUCCUAGCCAGGAUCUCUCUGGGUCCCGCAGUGUUAUGAUGGACAGCACCAAGAUCCUGGGGGUCCAGGUCGUUCUAAUUGCCGCCUACUCCCUCAUCAUUCUGUUGGGGUUCAUUGGCAACUCCUUGGUCAUCUACAUCAUAGUGAAGUACAAGACCAUGAGGACCGUCACCAACUUCUUCAUAGCUAACCUGGCCCUGGCAGAUCUGAUGGUAGACACGCUCUGUCUGCCUUUCACCCUAGUGUACACGCUGCUGGACGAGUGGAAGUUUGGAGCUGUUCUUUGUCAUCUGGUCCCUUAUGCUCAAGCUCUGAGUGUCCAUGUGUCCACUCUCACCCUAACUGUGAUUGCCCUGGAUAGGUACCGGUGUAUUGUUUUCCACCUGGACAGCAGGAUUUCCAAGAGGCUCAGUUUCACCAUCAUAGCUGUCAUGUGGCUAGCAGCAGCUGUCCUAGCAGGUCCUCUGGCCAUCUUCAGAGAGUACCGGUAUGAGGAAAUCCCAUCCAUCAACCUCAAAAUGGCUGUCUGCUCAGAAAAAUGGCCUUCUGGUAAUAACAGAGAUGCUACUAUCUACAGCCUGUCCAUGCUCCUCCUGCAGUAUGUUUUUCCUCUUGCAAUUAUUUGUUAUGCCUAUACCAGAAUCUGGUUCAAGCUGAAAAACCAUGUCAGUCCCACUUCUAGGAAUGAAAACCAGUGCCGGAGGAGGAAGACAACCAAAAUGCUAGUGAUAGUAGUUGUGGUGUUUGCAGUCUGUUGGCUCCCCUUCCACAUAUUCCAGCUUGCCAUUGAUCUUGAUCUGGUUCUUAUCUUCCAUGAGUACAAACUACUGUACACCGUCUUCCAUGUCGGGGCCAUGUGCUCUACAUUUGUCAACCCCCUGCUCUACGGAUGGAUGAACAAGAACUACCGGAAUGGCUUCCUUAUGUUCUUCCGUUGCCAGAACAAGCCAGAAAGCAUCCACACCGAAGGCUCAGUCAGAGGGAGGUCGUACAUCUUCAGGGCCAACACCCUAAACGGUAGCAUCAAACAGACUCCUGGCAGCGGACCGCUGCCCACAGAGGUUUAGGGAUGGGACAUCCACCUCCAGGACUGAGGCUGACUGAGCCCAGAGACGUUCUUGGGUGAAUGCCUUUUUUUGACAGGACAUUGUAUUGCCAAAACAUUAUCGCUACCACAGCCACGUAGAAAUACUCCCCUGUAUCUCUCAAAACAAUAAAUCUGGUGUAUUUCU